AUGCCCUACGGCCAUACGAGUCUUUUCUGGCUGUGCCAGGUCGGAUGGAUGUGGCUGUUGCAGGUCGUAGUGGGCCAGACCCUUGGCACAGCGAAAUGCGCCAUCUUGACCCACAGAUUUCUCGUGAGUUGGGCAGCCUGGCAGAAGGUCAAAGAGGCUCGACGGGCCAAGAAGGUGGACCCUCAGUCAGAUGACAGCAGUGAUUCUGACGAUGGCAGUGUCGUGAGUGACAUGACAUCCGGAACAGAGCGGAGCCCCAUGAUGGGCAGACAAAUGCUGCCAGCAGCACCGUAA